UCUACCACUAUUUUUAAAUUAGCACUACACGCGCGGCCCAGCGACCCUUCGGAGGUCGCCGAGCGCGGUCGCUUCGUCCUUGGCGAAGCGAAAGAGCGACGCGACGUGAAUUUUGGCGCGAAUGAGCGCGGCGAUCGUCGCGACGAGCACCACGGUGAGGAACGUCGCCUCGGGCCCGCCGAAGAGGAUCCAGAUGCCAAACACGGACGCGACGAGGACCGAGACGACGCCCGCCCAGAAGAGCGCGAAGACCCGUCGUCGCAGCGCGUAGAGGCCGUCGACGGCGCGGACCAUGGACCCGUCGGCGCCGCGCGUCGACAGCGACGAGCCGUACACGCUCAGCAUCGUCGUCGUCGCGACGCAGAGGAUGUUGCAGGCCAGCGACACCAUGUUCGAGGUCCAGAACAGAAACAGCAGCGCGCGGUUCGCGUCCGGCGACGGCGCGAACUCGAUGAGCGCCGUGAUCGAAAAGCCCGCCAUGACCGCCGCUUGCGUGCCGACCGUCGUCAAGUUCAGGUGGUGCAGCCCGAACUCCUUCCACUUGAGCUGGACCGCGCCGCGAGCGAUGCGGCUCUCGAGGAGGAGCUUGUCCGCCGCGAGCAUCGCUGCGCUCUGCUACCGUCGUCGGCUGUGCAUGCUCAUCCCUUUAAAAAUCAUAUUCGCAGCAGUGAUGCGAUUAGGAGUUACGGAGCGGUUCAGGCGUGCUGUAAGAGGUCCCUCGUGCUGCUUUUGCGAGCGCUGGCUAUGCGAUCGCGUCGCAGUCGGCGUCCCUGUGUGCGU